ACAUUGUCCUCUCAGUACGGAAGAGAAGGACAGUAACGUUUGUCACACAGAGUUUGUUGUUUUAUUUGAGCGAAACGCUCGUCAGAUGUCAUGAUGUUGGACGUCCUGCUGCUCUUUUCCAGCAUCUGUACAGCUGUUGGUGGUCGAGCUCCACAGACAGUUACUGGAUUCAGAGGAGAGAGAGUUGACAUCAGAUGCUCAUAUGAAUCUCGAUAUGAAACAUAUCCAAAGUAUUUUUGUAAAGGGGACUGUUUAUUGUCAAGUGACAUCAUAGUUAAAUCAGGAUCUCCAGCUAAAGACGAGAGAUUCUCUCUGACUGACGACACGACGGCCAGAGUCUUCACCGUCACCAUCACUGAUCUGAGAACAGAGGAUGAAGGCCAAUACUGGUGUGCUGUGGAGAGGAGUAUUUUUACUGAUGUCUAUUCAGAGAUUAUGUUGCAGGUUAAACUGGGUGUCGUGAGCUCCAUGAGUGUUACAGGAUAUUCAGGAGGAGGAGUCACGAUCACAUGCAAAUAUGAUGAAGGAUAUACAGAGAAUACAAAGUGUUUUUGUAAAGGAGAGUGGUCAUACUGUACAGACCAAAUCAGGACUGAUAUUAAAGAUAAAUGGUUUGAUGCUGGAAGAUUCUCUCUGUAUGACGACACAAGAUCAGCAGUCUUCACUGUGACCAUCAGCGAUCUGACAGAAGAGGAUUCUGGGAAAUACUACUGUGGAGUUGAUAAACCAGGACCAGAUCCCUACACUGAAGUGAAUCUGGAUGUUAUAAAGAUUGGUCCUGCUGCUGGUUGGCUCGUCUGGUUGGGAAUCACUGUGGCAUGUGUAACCAUCAUCAUCAUCAUCAUCAUCAUCAACAAUCCUAGAACUGAUCCUAGAACUGAUCCCAGAACUGAUCCCAGUGAAGGCACAUAUAUAUCUCUUGAGCCCAACAUCAGAUCAUCUGACUUGUACAACACACUCGCAGUUCCUCAACCGCUGUACGAGGAGAUUAAAGACACCAGACCUCACACUGACUGCAGAAACACUCCGUUACCCAUAACACCCUCUGAUUCUUCAAGAACUGUUUAUGAUACCGCUAAAUUACCCACAAACCCCUCUGUGGAGUGGCAUAAAUGGGACAAGAAUCAGCUUCCCACAAACCCCUCUGAUUCUUGUGUCGUGAGCUCCAUGAGUGUGACCGGAUAUUCAGGAGGAGGAGUCAACAUCACAUGCAAAUAUUAUGAAGGAUAUAAAGAGAAUACAAAGUAUUUUUGUAAAGGAGAGUGGCUGAGCUGCAAAGACCAAAUUAGGACUGAUAUUAAAGAUAAAUGGGUUAAUAAUGGAAGAUUCUCUCUGUAUGACGACACAAGAUCAGCAGUCUUCACUGUGACCAUCAGAAAUCUGAGAGAAGAGGAUUCUGGGACGUACCACUGUGGAGUUGAUAUACCUAAAGAUAUAGAUCCCUCCACUGAAGUGAAGCUGAAGAUUUCAACAGGCUUUUUUCUGAUCGUUCCUCUGGUUCUGGUUCCUCUGGUUCUGAUCAUCGCUGGACUCUUAUUUCUGUUUCUCUGGAAGAAGUGUCAGUCUCCAGGUGGUGAAUUGAAUUCUCAGACUGAACCAGGAAAACAUGAAGUGGAGCUGAAGGCCACUUACACGGGUGUCGUGAGCUCCAUGAGUGUGACGGGAUACUCAGGAGGAGGAGUCACGAUCACAUGCAAAUAUGAUAAAGGAUAUAUAGAGAAUAAAAAGUAUUUUUGUAAAGGAGAGUGGUCAGACUGUACAGACCAAAUCAGGACUGAUAUUAAAGAUAAAUGGUUUGAUGAUGGAAGAUUCUCUCUGUAUGACGACACAAGAUCAGCAGUCUUCACUGUGACCAUCAGAGAUCUAAGACAACAGGAUUAUGGGAAAUACUACUGUGGAGUUGAUAUAUAUGCAACAAUAGAUUCUUCCACUGAAGUGAAUCUGAAGGUUUCAACAGAUGAUUGUUGUGAGAAGAGCAUCAGUCUAUCAGCUUCUGCUGGAGGAUCUGUGAACAUCAACUGCAAAUACCCACAAUCCCACAGUGGUGAUGUGAAGUUUCUGUGCUGGAGAUCUGGAGCUGAUCUCUGUGCUAAAGAGACGUCUGUGAAGGAGAGCAGAAGAUGGAGGGAUGAGGGAAAGAUCCAGCUGUAUGAUGACAGAGAACAGCAGCUCCUGAUGGGAAGAAUCAGUCAUGUGACUGAAGAAGAUUCAGAAUACUGGUGUGGAGUUCAGACUGAUCAAGGACACAAGAUCUUCAUCACACGAGUCCUGAUCAGAGUUACAGCCUCUUCUCUGACCGUUCCUCUUGUUCUGGUUCCUCUGGUUCUGAUCUUGCCUGGACUCUUAUUACUUUUCCUCUGUAAGAAGUGUCACUCUCAAGGUGGUGAAUUGAAUUCUCAGACUGGACCAGGAAAAUAUGAAGUGGUUUCUCACACUGGUGGCGCUCACAUAGAAUCUCCCAACCCCUCGGAUUCUUCUGACACUGCUUAUGCCACUGCCCAAUUACCCACAAACCCCUCUGAUUCUUCUCACUGCGUUUACGCUACAGUUGAGCAAGCCACUGGUGACUCUCAGUGCUGCAUCACAUCUGCUGAUGAUCUGAAUUACGCAGUGGUGAAUUUCCACAAGAAAUCUGACUGUCCUGACAGUGUCAGUAUCAGGAAUAAUCAGGAUUACAGUGAAUACGCUGCUGUCAAUCAUCUCAGUACUUGAUGAGCCACAGCAGAGGAUAUAAAUGAGCUGAAUGUUUUGGGCAUUAGGCUUCCAUAUUUGGUAUUUGUGUUAUUUUUGUAAUGCUCUUCUGCCGUAUCCCACUAAGCAAAAUGACGUCUUUUCAACAUCCGACUUUUGUGACAAAGACGUUGAAAAGACGUCCACUGAGGGGCCAGAAUGAAAGUUUUUAUGACGUCUUUUUGUGACGUGUUCUGCACAUCUGAUAUACUUUCAUCGAACCUUCGUACAAGUUUAAAAAUUUGUUUAAAUUAGGGCUGGGCGAUAUAUCGCAUGACAUUGUUGUACGCAUCUUGUCAGUAAAGCCGGUUCCUUGAUUAGCAGAAAAUCACCUUCACCAACUUUCAGAUGGAGCGGCAUUUACUACAAAGAGCCGUAGAUCACUGACAAGCUGAGCCAAAUCACGUUAAAAUCGAGGACAUAUCGAUAGCGAUAUUUAAUGCGAUAUGGCUAAGCUGGUCAGUUAACUACGGCUCUUCCUCACAACAAAAUCUCCUGUGUUAAACUAACACACCUGGGAGUGUAUAUGAGUCCACACUCAAGAGUGUUAAAGUUAAUGAG